AAGAAGCGGAAGGAAUAUUAUCCAUUUUACGUCGACUAUGACUCGAAUUACAGCCCGCCGGGCCAUUUUGAAAUCGUACGCGUGUAUUUCAAGCCUCGAAAGACGUGUUACAUAGAAACGAAAUUGAACAUAAUCGUGGACAUGAGCCUCGAGAUGCCCGUCAUCUCGCUGACCGGGCGUGGAAUCGAGAAGAGUUUAAACAUAAUCAAAUCCGAGAUACAUUUCAACCCAGUUAUUCCGUUCACGAUAAUCCAAGAAAUCGAUUUCACGAUUGAAAAUACGUGCCAUUAUCCCGUGGAGUUCUUCUGGCAUCAUUUGGACGAAAAUUUUCAGUUGGAGGAAGACAUAAAGAAAACUCUGUUGCACUACUACAAUAUGAAGGAAAUACUGCUGCCUCUAAAGAAGCCUGGCGAUCCGAUGAUACCGUGGCAACUGAUGAAAUUUUACAAAGAGAUACUGAACGAAAUGGCCCAGUCGUUAAUUACGGACAAGAUGGAGGAGGAGGAGGAGGAUCGAUUUGGCGAGGAAUUUUUCACGUUCGAGAGUGUCGAGAAGGACACGACGAAGAAGAGCGAGAAGAGAGGGUACAAGUUAUCGAGGAAGAAAAAGAAACGGAGAGGAAUGAAUCAGCAGGGUAAGAAAACGAGCGUUCGUGGAUCUAGUCGUCGUCGAAAGAAGAAUGAGAUUGCCAGCGAUUUGUCCACCACGGAUUCCGAGAGGAGGAACUGCCCUACCUUUUCAAUUUUUGAUGAAACUCUGCUGAACGAUGUUCCCCUACCCACCACCGAUCCAGAGGAAAUUCAACGUCUUCUCUUUUGUUACAUCGACAAUCUCCAUAAGAAUCCAGAUUUACGGUCGAAAAUGAAAGAUCCGAUGAAGGAAGUUUUCGAGAGCGUGGAGAAAAAAUCGGAAAUCGAUAUUCCAGAUUUGGAAAAGAGGAUGCCCGAGAAGAGAGUGUGCAUCAUUUUCCAUGGGGCACCUUUCACGGAGUAUCAAGAGACUGCGUGCAGGAGCGCCAAAGUCUUGGGAAUUCCCGUUCUCGAUAUCGACAAAGGGAUCACCGAGAUAAUUGCGUUCAACAAGAGCACGUGCGCGAUCCAGCUUCGACAGAUCAUCGACGAGAUCUAUCAAAAAUACAUCGAGGCUUUUGAGAAAUGGAAGCAAUAUUUGGAGCAGGAAAGCACCGAGGUCGAAUCAGAGUCGACCAAAGAGACUUCGAGUAGAAAAAAGUUUCCUCGGAAAGAGAAACCAUUGAAAAGUCCGCCGAAAAAGAUCGCGUCGCCUUCUGUACUUCCCAAGAUUGAAGCGUCGAUAAUGCAAGAGGCGAUCAUUCGCCUUCUCCCGGAUCCCGAUCCCAUGACGGAGUUUUCUAAAAUUCCACCCAGCGACAAGUUGGAGUUGCUCGACCCUUUGACCAGAUACGAGUACAAGAUUCAAACUAUUUUGUUGCUCGAGAAAAUCCUCGAUAUUCAUGAAUCGCCCAAAGUGAAAGGGAAGAGCCCGAAGAAAAAGGAGGAAACCGUUUCUUUCUCGUUCCGUGACAUUGACCCCGAAUUAAUAGCUGAAGUUCUUCAACAAAGAUUGUCUUUGGAUGAUUUCAAGCGAGGUUUCGUCGUGCAAAGUUUGAAGAGCAAUUUCUUCCAAAAUAACAUAUUGGACGCUUUGCUCGUUGUAUUACGGAUCAUCGGUUACAUAGAAUAUUUCUUAUUCGUCACGUUUCUUAACUCGAUGCACUGCUACGACAACAAAGUCGAGCAACGUACCAAAGAAAUCGGUACGUUGUUCCCUUUUAUCUUUACCCCGCCAUUUCUUGCAAUCUCGCCCUCUUUCCAGAGAGUGAAAUGCCCGAUCCGAAGCAAAGGAUACGAGAAAUCGACGAGAUGUCGGCGUCCGAAUACGAUCAACUUUCGAACGAGGAUAAGAAGAUGUAUAUAAACACCGUUCUACCCCGUAAAAAGGAGGAAGCGGCUCGUAGGCGAACUCGACUUAUGGAACGAAUGAUAGAGCGUACAAAAA